AUGCUGAAGCCAGCGGGAUCUGUGCCUUGUGUUCUCCUGCAGACAGCAGCAGCAGCAGCAGCAGCAGCAGCAGCAGGACAUCCUUUAUCCUGUCUAACGCAACAGCAACAACAACAACUGCAGCAGCAGCAGCAGCAGCAGCAACUGCAGCAGCAGCAAAAGAAGAAAGAAGAGCAGCACGAUGAGGAGCUGCUCCAUCAGCAGCAAACGGCGUCGGAAACGGAGAAUGAGCAGCAGCAGCAGCAGCAGCAGCAGCAGCAGCAGCAGCAGCAGCAACAGCAACACGAGAAGCAGCAUAAACAGAAGAAUAAAGGGGCAAUAGAAGAACAGCAACAGCAGAAGAAGCAGCAGCAACUGCAGCAGCAACUGCAGCAACUGCAGCAGCAGAUUAACGUUGCAGCCCUAAGAGACAUGCAGAUGGAUCCCCCUAAAGACACAGCAGCAGCAGCAGCUGCAGCAGCAGCAGCAGCAGCAGAUGUUGCCCACGGCUGGCAGUCUCCUAUAGCCGGCAGCAGCAGCAGCAGCAACAACAGCAGCAGCAGCAGCAGCAGAAAGAGGAGCAGCAGCAGCAGCAAAGCUUUUGCUGUUGAUAAUCCUCUUAAGGACAGCUUCCUUCUUACGGUAAAGUCCGAGGAGACGCUCCCUGCUGCUGCUGCUGCUGCUGCUGCUGCUGCUGCUGCUUCUGCUGCUGCUGCUGCUUCUUCUUCUACAGAAACAACAACAGCAGCAGCAACAGCAACAGCAGCAGCAAUAGCAGCAGAUGCAGCAGCAGGAUCUAUAGUAUAUCCUGCUGCUCCUCCUCCUUCCCCAACAUCAUCAUCAUUAGCCCCCCCACCCCUAUCAUCAACAGCAGCAGCAGCAGCAGCAGCAGCAGCACCAUCAGCAGCAGCAGCAGCAGCAGCAGCAACAGAGAGUAAAUGGGAGAAUAUGAAGAAUAGAGAGGAAUGUCUUGUUGCGCUGCAGUUGCUGCUGACGGAUAUAUUAGGUGUAUUGAUGGUGCUGCGCCCUACAGGCAGCACAACUGUUCCUGCUGCUGCUGCUGCUGCUGUUAGGAAAGCAAGAGAAGCUGCUGUUGCUUCUCUUGGUCUUAUUGGUAAUAAAAUGCAGCAACAGCAGCAGCAGCAACAGCAGCAGCAGCAGCAUCAGGAUCGUAGCAGCAGUUGUACUUGUAAUACUAAUAAUACCUGCAGCAGCUGCAGCAACAGCAGCAACAGCAACAGCAGAAAUAGCAACAGCAGCAGCAGCAGCAGCAGCAGCAGCAGCAGCAGCAGGAGUACAACAGAUGUAGAGGAAUCAUUUUCUUCCCCUUCUUGUUCUUCUUGUUCUUGUUCUUCUUGUUCUUCUUGUUCUUGUUCUUCCUCUUCUUGUUCUUCUGGUGUAUGUGUAGAUAGAUUAGGGUAUAGAUUAAGUGCAGCAGCAGCAGCAGCAGCAGCAGCAAUAGAGCAGCAGAAUCCUCAGUAUGCAUAUCAUCAAUAUAAUAUAUUAUCUGCUUCUUCUCUUUCUUCUCUUCUUCCUUAUGUUAAUAUUUAUCUUAAGGAAUUAAUAGAUACUAUACAGCAUAAAAAAAUACUUAUACAAUUACUUAGAUCCCCUGCUGCUCCUGCUGCUGCUGCUGCUCGUGCUGCUCCUGCUGCUCCUGUAUCUGCUGCUCCUGCUGCUCCUGAUGGUUGCGGUGGGUGUGGCGGUGGUGGGGGUGCAGCAGGAGAAGAAAUAGGAGGAGGAGGAGGAGAAAGAGGAGGAGGAGGAGGAGGAGGAGGAACAGAUGGUGCUGCUGCUGCUGCUGCUGCUGCUGCUGCUGCUGGUGGUAGUACUGCAGCAACUGCAGCAGCAGCAGAGGAGGAGACAGAUAAUUUACGUUUGCUGCUGCAGGUAUUUAUUGCUUGCUGCCCUGCAUCUAUGUUAGAUUUUGUAUGUAAUAAGCUUGCUGCAGCAUAUGCACAGGCCUUGCUGCAGGGGACAACGCAGCAGCAGCAGCAGCAGCAGCAGCAGCAGCAGCAGCAGCAACAGGAGCAGAAGGUGCAGCAGCAAGAGAAGCAGCAGCAACUCGCACUAGUAGCAGCACAGCCGGCUAAGACUCUUAAGGCCGAGCCUACUGCAGCAGCAGACAGCAUAACAAAAGCAGCAACAGCAGCAGCAGCAGGAGGAGGAGGAACAACAGAGACAACAACAGCAGCAGCAGCAGAUCCUGUUGCUGCUUCUGUUGCUGCUCUCUUAGGGCAGCAAAGUUUCUUACAGCGCUUAGCUGCAUGCAUAGAUUGGAGACACUUCUGUCCCCCUGCUGCUGCUGCUGCUGCUGCUGCGCCAUCUGCUGCUGCUGCUCCUCCUCCUCUUCCUCCUUCCUGCAGCAACAGUAGCAGCAAUAGCAACAGCAGCAGCAGCACCAGUACCAGUAUAUGGGGGCAGCAGCAGCAAGAAACAGAUGCUGCUGCUGCUGGUGCUGCUGCUGCUGCUGCUGCUAUACGCAGCGCAUUUAGCAGCGCGGCGUGUCUAUAUAAUGCAGAAGGUUUACUUGAAGGUGUAGAGGGGCAAUUUGCUGCUGCUGCUGCUCCUGCUGCUGCUGCUGCUGCUCCUGCUGCUGCUCCUCCUGCUGUUCCUCCUGCUGCUGCUGUAGAUGAGGGAAAGAGACAGCUGCUGCUGCCUGCUGCUGCUCUUUGCCCUACAGACAGCACAAAAGAGACAACAGAUGCAGAGACAGCACAGGAAUUUAUAUUUGAUCAGCAGCAGCAGCAACAGCAGCAACAGCAGCAACAGCAGCAACAGCAGCAGUUGAAGCUUUCGCGCUUAAGUAGUGCAUUACAGACGCACGACCCAGCAGCAGCAGCAGCAGCAACAACUGCAGCAGCAACAGCAGCAGGAGCAGAAGCAGCAGCAGCAAGAGGCGGACAAGAAGGACAAGAGGAAGCUUUUUUCACUCCUACCCAAGCAGCAACAGAUCUGCAAGAUAGCAGCAACAGCAGCAGCAGCAGCAACAGCAACAGCAGCAGCAGCAGCAUCCGUUUGCUGCAGGCAUUGGGUUCAUUAGUGCUUCCUUCCUUCCUGCUGCAGCAACCUUCUUCUUCCUCUAAUAAGGAGUCUCCUUUUGCUGCUGAUUAUCCCCAUAGCAACAGCAGCAGCAGCAGCAGCAGCACUUUCUGCGAAGAUAUGACAGCAGAAACAGCAGCAGCAGCAGCAGCAACAACAGCAGCAGCAGCAGAUAGCUGCCGUGACGCUGCUUCGGAGUGUAGCCUCUCAGAAGGUUUUGGAUCUGCUGCUGCUGCUGCUGCAGCAGCAACAGCAGCAACAGCAGCAGCAGCAGCAACAACACCACGAACAGCGCUAAGUCGCCCAUCGUGGCCUCUCCAUUACAGCAGCAGCAGCAGCAAGAGCAGCAGCAGCAGCAGCAACAGCAGCAGCAGACCUACGCUGCUGCAGUCUUUCCCUGAUAUAUAUGAGGAUAAUAGAGGUCUUGUGUCUCUUACAAAAGGAGACACUUUAAGGAGAAUGAGCAUCUGCAGCAGCAGCAGCAGCAACAGCAGCAACAACAACAACUAUUACUGCAGCAGCAGCAGCAGCAGCAGCAGCAGCAUCAUCAUAAGCAUGAAGGUAGGAGACGUAAUAGGAGUGGUGGUUCUUCUCUUAGUAAUCGUAUAG